AGCCACCGUUGCUGCAUGUGGUUCUGAAAUUGGGGAGAAAGCCAGGUGCGAAGAGUGGACUGGAGAGAGGUGUAGGUAGAGAUUCAGCAAACCGCUCCCGGUCUGAGAUACCAGCUGACUGGGUAGUAAGGGGGGAAAACGGGGAGAGGCUGAGGCACAGAGCGGAUGGAAGGGAACAGGCUUGAGAAAGUGACGGGGUCGAGUAUGGAGUGUAGUCCGGACAGGUUCUUCACUUGGGAUGAGGUGCAGAAGCACUGUACUCGCAGCGACCGCUGGCUGGUGAUCCACAGGAACGUCUAUGAUAUCAGCGAGUUCAGCAAAAGGCACCCGGGAGGCGCCCGAGUGAUCGGGCACUACGCGGGGCAGGAUGCUACGGAUCCUUUCACUGCCUUCCACAUUGAUAAGUCACUGGUGAGCAAGUACCUGAACUCACUGCUGAUUGGGCAGCUUGCUCCUGACCAGCCCAGCUUGGAAUCAUGGAAAAGUAAACUGAUAACAGAGGAUUUCCAGGAGCUACGUGCCCUUGUGGAAAGGACAAACCUCCUCAAGCCGAACAAGCUGUUCUUUGCUGGAAUGCUAGCACAUCUACUGCUCCUCGAUGCUGCAGCAUGGCUCACCCUGUGGUAUUUUGGUACCUCCUUUGUCCCGUUUAUGAUCAGCACAGCUCUUCUGGCCAUUGUGCAGGCACAGAGUGGUUGGCUACAGCAUGACUUUGGACACCUCUCCGUGUUUAGCAAGUCCAAGUGGAACCAUAUUGUUCACAAAUUUAUCAUUGGCCACCUGAAAGGUGCCCCAGCCAGCUGGUGGAACCACCUCCACUUUCAGCAUCAUGCCAAGCCCAAUUGUUUCCGCAAAGACCCUGACAUCAACAUGCAUCCCAUCUUCUUUGUCUUGGGAAAGAAGCUCCCAAUUGAGGUGGGAAUGCAGAAGAAGAAGUAUAUGCCAUACCAAUACCAACAUAAGUAUUUUUUCCUGAUUGGACCUCCAGCACUACUCCCCCUUUACUUCCAAUGGUACAUCUUUUACUUCGCUGUACAGCGAAAGCAGUGGGUGGACUUGGCCUGGAUGGUGUCUUUCUACAUUCGAAUCAGCCUGACUUACAUCCCACUGCUUGGCAUUCAAGGCUUUCUGUUCAUGUUCUUUCUAGUGAGGUUUAUGGAAAGUAAUUGGUUUGUGUGGGUGACCCAGAUGAAUCACAUUCCUAUGAUAAUUGACCAUGAUCAGAAGGAAGACUGGCUGACCAUGCAAUUACAUGCCACUUGUAACGUCCAUCAGUCUUUCUUCAACGACUGGUUCACAGGCCACCUCAACUUCCAGAUUGAACAUCACCUGUUUCCCACAAUGCCAAGGCACAACUUGCACAAGGUGGCACCAUUAGUAAGGUCACUCUGUGCUAAACAUGGCCUGGAGUACCAGUCAAAGCCUUUAUUCACCGCCUUUGCAGACAUAGUACAAUCCUUGAAAGACUCUGGGGAGCUCUGGUUGGAUGCUUAUCUACACAAGUGAUUAGUCGCACCAAACAACUAACCACAUUUUCAAGCAGUUGCUGCCUUGCAGAUAAGAAAACCAGUGCCUGAAGAAGCUACUGCCAUUUUGUAGACAUUGUCCCAAGAACCACAGAAGAAAUGUUGUUAACUCCAAUGGAAUACAAUUAUAGUUGAAGGAACUGAGCUAUUGUCAAUAAGAAUACAAAUAUAAUUCAAUAUGAUACAAAUGUGGGAAUUAGCUUUAUGCUUAUCAAAGGAUUCUAGUGCUGGAGACUAGAACAUUUCUCAUUCCAAGACUUAAUUUUUGCACCCUGAAGGGAUUGGGCCAAGACAUUUAUGUUACUGACCUGCAUGUUGGUUUAUCAGCACCAUUUUCCCGGAAUUCAGGCAGGAAUGGGUGGUGAUUAUCAUCAUCCUGCCAAACAGCAGGGAGGGCAGCAGGCAGGCUAUGUGGCUUUCCUGUUUGCCUGACGUCUGUGAUGGAGGCGCUCCCACUCUGCAAUGGUUCUCCAGUGACUAAGAACAUCUUUUUACUGCAAUGUUUAAAAUGUGUGCCUCCACCUUAAGGCAUCCUCUCUCUUACCUGAAAUGCCAACCUCCUGCUUCUUCAGUGCAUAUUAGUUCACCAGUUUUAAGAGUCCACUUGCUGCCCUUGAUUAACUGAGGGCCUGGCUUCUGGGUCAUUAAUUAAUCAUUUAGUGGAAAAUCACUGCCGGGGAUUAUUCCCCACAUAGUGUCAGCUUCUAAUCCCCCAUUCGAAUGUCACACCAGGGUCCUGAAACCAUUGGAGAAAAUUCUGGCUCAGUGUUAUUGCCAAGCUCUGUCAGGUCACAUAUAACACAAUUAGAUUAACAGAAAAGGUCCCUUCACUCUGCCCCAACAGUGUGCCUCCUCCACAAUGUCAGCAACAUACUUUCCACUGUACCAAGAUUGCCAUCUCACAUUUUGUGCUGCAGGACCAUGUACUCUUCGAACUGAGUUGAAAUUGCAUUUGUUGCAAGACCUACGCAGUGAUCAGCAGCAGCAACCUUGCAUCUGAAAUACCUGAUGUGCAACAAGGUGUUUCUACACCCUGCAGUGGCCACUUCUAUUUUCAGUUAUCACCUGAUAAUUAUUCUCAGUAAAAUAAUGUUUCCUGCUUUACCACUAACAUUUGCACUGGUCUCCAUAAACGUUACCAUUUGCACAAUUGAAAUGAAACAAAACUCAAAGCUAUAAACUUUUACAGUGAGCACAUUCUGUGAAAUGAAAACCUGGCAGGAGCCUUGCAUCUGAAAUACCUGAUGUGCAGCAAUGUAUUUCCAUACCCUGCAGCACCCAUUUCUAUUUUCAGUUAUCACCUGAUAAUUAUUCUAAGUAAAAUAAUGUUUUUAUUUUACUGGACCACUGAUUAUUUUAGUGCCCCAUUAGAAGUGGAUGAAACAAUAUGAUCAAAUAUUAAUUCACUACCCACUACAGAACAGCAAUAACUUUUAAGCUUAUAUGUGAUUUUUGGUUAUGUGGUCAAUGAUUGAUUGUAACAGUCUCUCUCUGCAAUGAUAUGUGGUGGAAUCCACCAGUACUAAGGACUGCAUUCAUUAGUGGCUAGUGUAUCUAUAUUUCAAGAUAGGUGUGAGAAUGCUGUGGAAUCUGUGCUGGUUCAUUGAUGGCAAGAAGUAUCUUAAAAUAAGGUGGCUCAUGGUCAUCAGUCAACAGCUUCCAUAUCAUGGACCAUUCAUUCCAGUUUGUGGAGGAUAUGGGAACGUGGAGGUGGUGGUUUCCAGGGGUACAGGUCUUUAUUAUUUUCUGUGUCACGGUGGUGAUUGUUAAAAUUUUGAAUUCUUGCUUAAUUCCACUGUUAAUUUUGUGUAGCCAGUGUUUGCCUUGAGGCCCUAACCAAUGAGUGACUGACCUACGCAGAACAGAAGAACUGCAGACUCAAUAUUUGGCUCAGUGGAGUCAGCUGAUUCCACUAGGGAUAACAGAGGAAGCAGUACGAUUGGACCCGGGACUUCUAUUUAGAGAAGGGGGAAAGAAUGUUUAGCCAUGGUUUUAAUUCAUAAUUGCUAACUACUGACCCUUGCUGAAAACACGGUUCUAGAGAGGGAUUGGAUCAGUUCCUCAACAUGCAAAUCCCCUAUGUCUCAAAACUAGUUAACAUUCAUUCAGAGAUUCGUAGGGGAAAAUGAGCAGAUGGUGCAUGGCCCACUGGGUGUCAGCACUACAAUGUAAACAAAGAUAUUGACUGUUGCAAUUAAUUUCUAGUGUAUACACAUUGGGAAUACAUAUAUGCACAAUUAAUAACAGCGUACAGUCUCUGCGUACUUGUAGAUCCACAUACACAUAUUCACAGAUACUGCUGCACAGUGGCUCGAUCAUAACCAUUCACCAUCACAACUAUUUGCAAAGAUAUCUCCAAGAAUGAGGACUAUUGAUUUGCCUCAGUCUGAGGGCUGCAAUUGUCAAGAUUUUCAAUGAACCAGUUUCCUCUCCUUUCCUAACGGCCCUGGCCUGUGCAGGGUUUAGUUCCUGAGGCUCCAGCAGCCCUUUCUCCUCCAUAACUUCAUCCUUGACAAAUGAGACUCGUUAGUAAAUGGUUUGAUGGUUGGUGCAAAGUUGCAAUCCCAAUUCUGUUCAGGCCAGCCAUUCAAACAGGUGAUCUGUCGAGUGGUGACUGGGAGUAGGAGCUCUGGUUGAUUUUCAUAACUGUAGCCCCAGAGACUGAAACUGACUAUGUUCAGCUCACUGCCCGCAUCCUGUGGAAUGACCCUUGGGCCUGUAAAGCUCAGCAGGUGGUGCAUUUAAUCAGGUCAUCUGCUCAUCAGCAUUCUAACUGAUAUUGUCACUAUGGCACUAGUUUUGUGAUCAAAUUGCUGAUGUUAACCAAAUAUUACUAGAUUGAUCACCACCAAUAUGUCAAACAGGAAACCCAGGCCUAUAAUUUUGAGGUACCAAACAGAAGAGCUUUGUUAUUAGAGUUAGAUUACUGGAUGUGCUUUGUUAAAGUAAAGGUAUCAAACUGAAUUAAUCCAGGCUUGUGUUUUAUUUUAGCCAAUGACUAUUGCGUUCACAAUGAAUAAAAAAGCAUUUUUACAUCAGUGCUGUGUUAGAUUGCUACAGCCACAUCAACACUGUUCUCAAUUUUUAUUAUGUAUAUCUGUUCUUAUGUAAAACAUUAUACUACACUAAUUUGAUGACAGUACUUCAUUUAAUGUGAAUUUUGCUGUUCAUUGGCUCAGUUUUAAGCUUGUUGCUUGAUUCAGUUUGCGUCUAGGACCUGACAAUCCCAGCUUUGAUUCUCAAUCUGUGCUGCUUUCAACAUUCUUAACUGGAAGUACUUCAGUACAAGAUUUUUAAAAGCAUUACAGAGUUGUAUUGUAUCUAUAACACAGAAACAGGUCAGUUGUCCCAGCUAAUCCAGACAAGUCUUCUCUCACCCCUCUGUGACUCAACCCCAUCAAUCUAUUCCUUCUUUUGCUCUUUAUGUUCACUUCUUUACCCUUCCAAAUGUCUGUUUUUUCAUGCCACAUACACUUCUCAAUUCUUGGGUAGUCUGCCAUCCCAAUAGCCAACUCAACCCUCAAACUUCCUGCUGUUUUACCACUAACUUCCAUCCCACUCUCCUUGACCUACUUAUCCAAUGUACCUGUUGGAGCUAGUCUUGAGGGUCAUCCUACUGUCAAGACUACCCAUCCCAUUGUUGACCCUGUGUAUUCUGUCAGAAAAUCACUCUAUCCAUCUCCAGUAUGACUGUUCAUUUGGGGAAAGGAAUAAACCCUUGCCAUUGUGAACUUAUGGGUGAUUGCAUUGACAUUGUGGCUAUGAUACAAAACAAACACAGACUGCUCGAGAAACUCAACAGGUCUGACAGCAUCUGUGGGGAGACAAUCUAGAAUUAAUGUCUCAAGUCCAGUAUGAGUCCUGUCUACAGAUGUUGCCAGAUACUAAGAAGACAAAACCCGUAACAGGUAGCCAAAAAUGCUAAGGAUUCAUCAAAUCGAAAGGAAUAUGAUAUAAUGUGGCAAAAAUUAGUAGUAAUCUAUAGGAUUCGGAAAGCUUUAAAAAACCAACAAAUGAUGACCAAAAUAAAUAAAAAGGGAGAAAGUAAACUUUGAGGGUAAACUGGUAAGUAAUAUCAUAAUCGUCCCCAAGAUUUUCUUUUAAUAUAUAAAAUGAAAGAGAAAGACCAAAAUUUAUGCAUUGUUCUUAAAGAAUGAGUUUAGCGUAACAAUAAUGAGGAACCAGGAAAGAGCAGAAGAGUUGAAUAAACACUUUUCAUCAGUAUUCCUGGUGGAAGUAACUGAUAAUGUUCCAAAAAUACCAAAUAAUCAAAGGGUCAAUGAGGGAGAGGAAAUUAGUACAAUAAUUUUCACUGGAGGAACAAGUGUGAGGGAAAUUAAUGGGAUUAAACGUCAAUAGGUCCCCUAGACCUGAUGGGUUGCAAUAAUUUGGUACAGAGAUAGAGGAUGCACUGCUUGUAACCUUCCUGGAGCAGCUUUGUGGAAAAA